AUGCAAGGAGUAUUACCUACAUAAUGUCGAGAUUUUAUGAAUAAACAAUAUUGGCAACGAUUCUUCAAAAAGAUUAAGAAAGAGGGUCAAUAGAAUGAAUUCUUUGAGUGGUAUGGCAAUUAUGAUAGCUACAAUCAUUUGUUUAAACAAUAUAUCAAAGUGGAAGAUAGUGUAUUCCAUGCAGGUUGUGGCAAAUCACUACUAUCUGAAUAACUCUAUGACAAUGGUAUUUGUAAAAAUAUCACGAAUGUUGACUAUGAAAAAAUUUCUUUAGAUUAGAUGCGCAAGAGAUCUGAGAAUAAGAGACCAGAAAUGACAUUCUAAUGCAUGUCUUUGACUGAGGAAAUCAAUAUUCAAUCUGAAUAAUUCGAUAUUAUUCUAGACAAGGGAACUCUUGAUGCUAUCUUUCCAGAUGAAGAAACACCUUAAGUUAAUACUUAUUUAGCAAAUAUGCUCAGAAUAUUAAAGAAGAACGGCAAACUCAUCAUUAUAUCUCUAUUACAAGAUCAUAUUCUAAAGACUUUAUUGUAAUUGUAAGUCAAUAUCCAAAUUUAUGAAUGCGUAAUUGAGAAAAGUAAACUUUAUCCAUUUUUUAUCGUCAUUGAUAAAAGUGAAUAGAAAUCAAUUCAAUUUUAUUAAUUACAAAAGGAAGUUCAGACUUUGUCCAUUAAGUAGGCAUAAGAAAUAAUAAAAAAGAUAUAAUUACAGAAUCAUUUUGUUACAUCCAUCCAUAAACUUAGAUAAAGUCAAAGUUUCACCUUGGAUAUUUGGGAUAAUAACAAUAAAUAGACUCCAAGAUACAAAUUAGAUAUUUAUGAUAAUGAUGACAGCAAAAUCUUACUAUAGAAAACUUGUGGAUGUUUUAUUGUUCCCUAAGGUAGAGAGUAAUCUUUCUUAUUUGGAACUGAACAAGGACACAAAGAGUUAAUUAAACAAAUGAAAAUGUCUAGAUGUGUAAUCGCACGUAUGAAUCCAGGACAUUAAUUCAACAAUAUGAAAUAAGUAUAAUAAGAGUUGUCUGAACCGAUGAAGUAACUAAUACCUAAGGGUUGUACAAAUAUUCCUUGCCCAUUUUUAACAGAUGGAGAUGAAAUUGGAGAGAAGAAUAUCAUAUUUGAAGCUGAUGAUUGCAUAGUAGAAGAACUAAAUAUAGAUGAUAUUAAAUAUAGGAGAUUAAUAAUUAAGAGUGCUUUAGAUUUGAUUUAGAGUGAAGCCAAAAUUAUCAACAAUAAGGUGGACAAUUCAUAUCUAGAUUUCGAAGCAUAUGUUGCAAUAGUUGCAGGCUUAGCAUUUAAUAAAGCAAAGGAAGUUCUUAUAUUGGGAGGAGGUGUUGGUUUAUUGAGUAGAUUCAUAAAUGAACAUUUUGGAGUCAAGGUUACCAAUAUCGAAUUAAGUGAUGAUAUUGUGAACAUUGCAAAAACAUUCUUUGAUUUCAAGAAUACAGAUUCAGAAACUUUAGUAUGUUGUGAUGCACUUGAUUAUGUAGAUUAAACUCUUGAAUGCCAUCAAUAUGACACCAUCAUUGUUGAUAUCAAUGCAUCCCAAGCCAAUUAAUUAUCUCCACCUAAAGAGUUCUUGUCAGCGGAAUUUCUUAAUAAACUUAAGACAUUACUUACACCAUAAGGAAUCAUUAUAAUCAAUGUUUUAGAUUCUCAAAAAGAAUUAACUCAAUUGCCUUGGGACCUUUAUUAUUCUAGGAAGUGUGAGAAUGAAAUUAAUGAGAUAUUUUAUUUAAUCAAUGCGUAGAAGGAAAAGAAGGAAUUAGAUGGAAAAGAAAUUGAUGUUAUAGACAAGGGUCUCUUAGAUGCAAUUGCUCAGUAAUUGAAGGAGUCUAGAGUCAACUUCUCUAAAGGAAAAUGGGAUAGUUCAAUGAACUUGGCUUCUGAAAUAGAUAACAUUAAACUCAAACAUCCAGUUUUUAAGACUUAAGCAUUUUAGACUCAGGAAGCAUUACUGGUUUAGGAUGGAGAAAUUAUCAACAAUCGUAAGGAAUUUUAUUAAGAAGAUUUAAAGAAGGUUUAAAAGAAAAAGCAUAAUAGACGUAGAAAAAAUUGAUUUUUGUUAAUAUAUGUAUUUUAUUCUAAAUUGUUUGUGAAA